AUGCCGUUAUCAUUUCAAGUACAAGAUAACGUUAUUGCGGAAAAAUUUCCAUCCACUCUAGGAUCUGGUCAAAUUUCGGGAAUACCUGAUGCAAGUGCCAUUCAUGCCGCUAAAAAAAGGAGAGAGAUGUUACGACAAAAAAGCGCUUUCCUAGAUUAUAUUCCAUUAGAUGAUAAUACGGAUGUUGAUUCUAUUUCGGAAAAAAAGAUAGAAUCGAGGCUUGUACGUGAGGAUGAUGAGAUUGGAGACGCAGAUGAAGUUAUCACUGUUUACAAUUUUAAUUUAAUCUUAGAACUUGGACAAUACGUUGAAGAAAAAGUACCUCUUGGUAAAAAGGCCGAAAGAGAGCAUCAACGUCUCAAAAAAGCAGGAAUAAAGGAAAUGUUAAUGGAAGUUGAUUAUGAAGAUGAAGAUGACGAGAUAAUGCAAUGGGAAAUGGAACAAAUUAAAAAGGGAGGGCAUUCCCUCAAAACUUCAGCAAACCAACCUCAAUCAAAGAAACCGGCUGUAAAUAUCUCAAGUAAGUAUAAAGAUAAAUUCUUAAAAUCUGAGCUUGUUCAAAUUCAAAAGGACAUUGAAGGUCUUGUUAAAUCAAGUGAACAAAUUGAAAACGAAUUACAAACCACCAAGAAACGAUAUACGUAUUUUCAAGAACUUAAAACGUUCGUUGAGAAUCUAGUCGAAUUUCUCGACGAUAAGUUUCCUACCCUUGAAAAAUUAGAAAGUGAUAUUGAUGCAAUGCUUAAAGAAAGAACCGAGCGAAUUAUGAAAAGAAUAAUGGAAGAUGACUCGGAUGAUUUAGUAUUGUUUUCAAAUGAUUAUCAAAAUGAACUCGGUCGCGUGAAGCCACCUGCGUCUGUAAGUUUUAGUGUUAGUGACACUACUCGUCAACGUCGACGGCAGCAAAGAGAUAAAAGAAGAUCUAAACGGUUACAACGCGAUAUGGAAGAUGAAGUUAAAAUGGAAGAAGGAUUAUCUACCGAUGAUGAACUAGGAGAAGCUGAUGAUAGAGAUAUGGCUACUAAAAUAGAUGAAAUUUCAUAUCACAAAACUAAAUUAUUUGAAGAUGUUAUUGAUGAUUUCAAAUCUAUUUAUUUGGUUAAAUCAAAAUUUGAUACAUGGAAAAAAGAAUUUUCUGAAGAUUAUGCAAAGGCGUAUGGGGAUUUAAGUUUACCUGGAGUGUUUGAGUUUUAUGUGAGAUAUGAAAUACUGUUAUGGGAAACGUUUAAGGGACAUUCCGAUUUUGGCCAGAUGGAAUGGUACCAAACAAUUUCUGGGUCUAAUGAUAUGAAUUCUUCUUCAGAUAUUUCGGAAAAUGAUAAACUUUUGACAAAAAUUGUCGAAAAAGUCAUUAUUCCACGGGCUAUUCAUUUAGUCAAAGUUCUAAAUCCGUAUUCUUCCGAAGAAACAAAAUCUGCUAUCGAGUUUUGUAAAUCAAUGUUAAAGUUUGUUGAUAAAAACUCUCCAAAAUUCAAGGAUUUUACAUCUGCAAUAUCGAGCUGUCUACAAAAUAUAGUACUAGAUAUUAAGCACCCGGAUACUUUCAGUUUACGUAAAUCUGAAAUGGACGAAAACGCUUUAAGAUCACGGGAUAGAUUUUUUUGGCGUAGAUACAAGUUAAUGAAAAAUCUUAUCUUGUGGAAAGAUUAUAUCCAAGAAGAUUUUGUUCGUCCACUUGUCACAGAGAAUUUGAUUGAUCAGUGUAUGCUACGUAUAUUAAAUGUGUCACCGGCAAAUGCGAUUAAGUUUCAGAAGAUACUUGAAAUUGUUCCGGGUGAUUGGUUUUCACCUCCAACGUUGGAGAAAAUUGCGCGUGGGGCUGUAGGCAUUUGA